GGCGAAGAUUGUCUAUAAAAGAAGGGGGUAACCUCGCUGGCGCUGAAUGACAGGGAGGUGAUCUAGAUGCUCCUCUCUCAUGAAACAUUCCUGAAAGAAUCAGACUGAGCGAGAGGGACGGAGAGGAGACAGCUGCUAGGACCAGACUGCAGGAGCGAUGCUGGUGCUUCUCUUCGUCGUCGGUUUUUACUGUCCUGACUUGUCCUCCGUCUGGGCUGGAAGCUUCGGUUGUUGAAGGGCAGCUCCGCUGGGCUGCCUCAGGGGAUGCUUCCAGGGUCAUCAUCCAACCUGCCCGGGCUUUGUGGGCAGAGGGUCAGCUCAUUGGCAGAUGAGCUUCUAGAGUGGCAGCAUGUCUUCAUUUGGAAAGUUAACGGAAUAUUUCAGCCUGAGGAAAUCACGAGAGGAUAUCCGACCUGGACGCAGCACGGGACGGAGAAGCGGGAGCUACUGUUGUACUAUCACUCAAUCAAGGUCCCUGGAUAGAAAGUUGCAGAGGCCGGUUCUUGGGAAAUCUCUGACCCUACCCAGCAUCCCUCAGUCUCCAGUGCUAACCAGAGUUCCCCAACUUCAAGAAGGAGUAUCCCGCCUCCCUUCCACAUGUUCAGCCAAUACAGACACCCUGACGACGUGCAAACUGCCACCACUUGUAGACUCAUGGCGUUGUGGAGAAAGACAGAUGAACACUGGCGCCUUCCCUCCACGGCUCUUCUCUUCCCCAGAGGAAACCCGUCCAUGUCACCAGCAAGCCUUCCACAUAAGGAAGAGCAUUUCUGUGGACAACCACCUUAGUUCUUGCCAUUACCCAAUGCAGCCACCCGAUCCGCAAGGACAAAGAGUGAAGAGCAAACUGAGGAGGCAAUUUAGUCUGGGGUCAGCGGACCGGAAAGAAUUUCAAACACCAAGCACUGACUCCCGUAGACCUCCCGCCCUCACACUGCCUCCGGUCUGUUCCGACUCGCCCCGUUGCUACCCUACAGAAAAGUGUCCCAACAACCGCCAGGCUUGGGAUGACUCAGAAAUCUGCGUGCACUUGUAUGGCUUCGAAAUUGUCAUUGAGUUCUCCAACUCCCGUGGGUGCUUGUGGAAUCGGGUGCCCGUGCAGGCGCACUGCCGCAAAUUGUUGAGCCUGAUCCUUCUCUUGGGUGGCUGCGCAGGUGCACUGAUAGGAGUUGGAGGUCUCGACGAGUUGGAGAAUUCGAUAAAACACCAGCAAGGAUGGAUCACCGAGG